UCUGAGUGCGCAUGCGCGAGAGUAAGUGCUCUCUUCCCGGCAAGAUGGCGAGGAAGUUAGUGUGCGGUCACUGGCAGCUUCUGCGACUCCUACGACCCCAGCGUUCGUUCCAUAGCGUCGCAGUGUCCCUGAGACCGCUGGCCGCCGAGCUCCUCGCAGCCCGCCGGGGUAACGGGCGGCCACCCUAUGCUCUUCUCGCCGUCUUCACUCCUCGCUGCAUCAGUACAUCUGCCACCCUCUUUGCAGAAGCCCAGGUCCAGGCACCCCCUGUUGUUCCUGCUACCUCUAUCCCUGCUGCAGUACCAGAGGUAGCUUCUGGAGGAGCUGCAGAUGCAGUCCAGUGUGCUACAGAACCGAGCUUCACAGAACUGGGGCUCGGCUCUUACACCCCGGUGGGGCUCAUCCAGAAUCUCUUGGAAUAUAUACAUGUCGACCUGGGCCUGCCUUGGUGGGGGGCCAUUGCCACAUGUACUGUCCUUGCCCGAUGCCUCGUUUUUCCUCUCAUUGUGAAGGGCCAGCGAGAAGCAGCCAAGAUCCACAACCACAUGCCAGAGAUGCAGAAGUUUUCCACUCGAAUCAGAGAGGCCAAGUUGGCCGGAGACCAGGCUGAGUUUUACAAGGCCACCAUAGAGAUGACACGCUAUCAGAAAAAGCAUGAUAUUAAACUCUUGAGACCGCUCAUCCUACCUCUCACUCAGGCCCCCGUCUUCAUCUCCUUCUUUAUUGCCUUGAGAGAGAUGGCCAACCUGCCUGUGCCCAGCCUCCAGACAGGUGGGCUCUGGUGGUUCCAAGAUCUCACCGUGUCUGAUCCCAUCUACGUCUUGCCACUGGUAGUCACUGCCACAAUGUGGUGUGUCCUUGAGCUAGGUGCUGAGACAGGUGUUCAGAGCAAUGACCUUCAGUUCAUGAGGAACAUUAUCAGGGUGAUGCCCCUGGUGGUCUUGCCUGUGACCAUCCACUUCCCCUCGGCAGUGUUCAUGUACUGGCUGUCCUCCAAUGUGUUCUCCCUGUGCCAAGUAGCCUGCCUCCGGAUUCCAGCUGUGCGCACAGUGCUGAAGAUCCCCCAGCGAGUCGUCCAUGACCCUGACAAAUUGCCUCCUAGGGAAGGCUUCUUGAAGAGCUUCAAAAAAGGCUGGAAGAACGCUGAAAUUGCACAGCAGCUCCGAGAGCGGGAGCAGCGAAUGCAGAAACACUUGGACCUGGCUGCCAGGGGUCCCUUACGACAGACUUUUACGCACAACCCUCUGCUGCAGCAUGAUCCAAGUCACCCCCCCAAAGCUCCCAACAGCAACAACAGCAGCAUCAAAGCAAACGCAAAGAAGCCUUGGCAAGACACACUUGGUUGACGUGUUCUGUGCUCACUCUGACAAGACCCCUGCCUCUGCGGACUCCUCCACACUGAUUUGCCCCAGCUCUGGGGACUAUAGCAUUUGGAGGGGUUCAUUUUAAAAGUUGUUUCCACUACAGACUCUUAUUUGUGUGUAUUAAAAGAGUCCUGGAGAGCCAAGCGACCUUCCAUCCACA